AAGACCUGGAGCACCUCGGAGCUGCGACCUCCAGUUCACAACACCACCUGCCUCACACCCGGGCUCAUCUUUUCAUCCCACCCCCACCCCACCCCCCUCUCUGUUCACGGUGUCCUGGGAGGCUGCGACCUGCGUAGAUGAUUUAGCAGACUGCCCCUGCCCCUGCUUCUGCUCCUCCUCCUCCUCCUCUUUCUUCCCCGCUCUCUCUCUCUCUGUCGCCUCCUCUUCCAGCCCAGGCGCCCAGACUCGACGAAGCGCAGUGCCUGCCACCCGCGGUGCCUCGGGCUGCCCGGCGCGCCGCGCUCCCAGGUUCUGUCUCGCCGCACCCCGGCGGGCACUGGCGCGGGCAAGGACGCUGGCGGGGAGAACGCCCUGGGUUCAACGCAUUCCUGAAUCGAAUGUUGAGAAAAGCAGUGCUUUGAUCCAGCUCAGGAGAAAAAGGAGCGGGUUCCGAGUGAGACUUCUGGAGCCAGCGGGACGCCCCAGUUUGCCCAGUGCGGCACGGCUGCACGCACCAUCCACAAGGAACCUUCACUCAGAAGAAAUGCUGUGGCCCUUCCCUUUACCAACAGAAAAUGGAACACAAGAGACCACAUAGCUGAACAAAUUACAGCCUCCUUACAAGUGAGAAACCUUCGAGGCUACGUAGUUUUCAGCCAAAGAAAAAUAACCAACCGCUUCUCCACAGUGUACACUGAAACAGGGAAAACAUGAACAUCACAAACUGUACCACAGAAGCCGGCAUGGCUGUGAGGCCCAAGACCAUCACUGAAAAGAUGCUCAUUUGCAUGACUCUGGUGGUCAUCACUACCCUCACCACGUUGCUGAACUUGGCGGUGAUCAUGGCUAUCUGCACCACCAAGAAGCUCCACCAGCCUGCCAACUACCUAAUCUGUUCUCUGGCCGUGACGGACCUCCUGGUAGCCGUGCUCGUCAUGCCCCUGAGCAUCAUAUACAUUGUCAUGGACCGCUGGAAGCUUGGAUACUUCCUCUGUGAGGUGUGGCUGAGUGUGGACAUGACCUGCUGCACCUGCUCCAUCCUCCACCUCUGUGUCAUUGCCCUGGACAGGUACUGGGCCAUCACCAAUGCUAUUGAAUACGCCAGGAAGAGGACGGCCAAGAGGGCGGCGCUGAUGAUCCUCACCGUCUGGACCAUCUCCAUUUUCAUCUCCAUGCCCCCUCUGUUCUGGAGGAGCCACCGCCGCCUAAGCCCUCCCCCUAGCCAGUGCACCAUCCAGCACGACCAUGUUAUCUACACCAUUUACUCCACGCUGGGUGCGUUUUAUAUCCCCUUGACUUUAAUACUGAUUCUCUAUUACCGGAUUUACCACGCGGCCAAGAGCCUUUACCAGAAAAGGGGAUCGAGUCGGCACUUAAGCAACAGAAGCACAGAUAGCCAGAAUUCUUUUGCAAAUUGUAAACUUACACAGACUUUCUGUGUGUCUGACUUCUCCACUUCAGACCCUACCACAGAGUUUGAAAAGUUCCAUGCCUCCAUCAGGAUCCCACCCUUCGACAAUGAUCUAGAUCACCCAGGAGAACGCCAGCAGAUUUCUAGCACCAGGGAACGGAAGGCAGCGCGCAUCCUGGGGUUGAUUCUGAGCGCAUUCAUUUUGUCCUGGCUGCCAUUUUUCAUCAAAGAGUUGAUUGUGGGUCUGAGCAUCUACACCGUGUCCUCGGAAGUGGCCGAUUUUCUGACGUGGCUCGGUUAUGUCAAUUCUCUGAUCAACCCUCUGCUCUAUACGAGUUUUAAUGAAGAUUUUAAGCUGGCUUUUAAAAAGCUCAUUAGAUGCCGAGAGCAUGCUUAGACUGUCAAAAGCUAAAAGGCACGACUUUUACCAGAGCCUCAUGAGUGGAUGGGGGUAAGGGGUGCAACUUAUUAAUUCUUGGACAUACUUGGUUCAGGAGAGUUUGUAAGUAUGUGUGGUCUUGUUUUCUUGUUUGUUUGUUUGUUUGUUUGUUUUGUUCUGUUUUGUUUGAGGAUUGUUAUUUGGCGUGCUGUUUUCUACCUCUGGUCUUAUCUGUGAUACAUAAUUUCAA